CAGGUCAGCUCAAACAUGGAGAGAGGAGCAGAAGGACAAAGAGGAGGUGAUAUGGAGGUGGUGGAGGAGAAGGGCUCGGUAGAGAGGCAGUGGGGGGAGGCUGAGGUGCCGGCUCUCAUGUCAGUAUGGGACGAGGUGGGAGCUCAGCAUGUAACUGAGAGCAGAACCACAUUUGAGUUGAUCUCAGAGCGUCUGAGGAGGCUCAGUGUUGUGCGGAGCUGGUGGGAGUGUCAGGCCAAGUGCAGGAGUCUGGGACUUCAAGGCAGAAGGCCUGACGCAGCAGCAGGCACUUCAGCAAACUACAGCCCAGGAGUGGAUGGAAGAUCGGUGGAGGGUUGGGAGGAAGAUGUGGAGGAUGUGGUUAAUCAAAGAGGAAUCUACUCCUCCUCAGGCACUAUCCAAAUACAGGAAGGAAACAAAAGUCGAAUCCAUCGAGCUCCUCCUUACACUCCAAGUGUGGCUGAAGAGGGCGGCCGUCACUGGACAGACGAUGAGGUGCGAGCACUGCUUUGUGUAUGGGCAGAUCGGCAUGUUCGAGAGCGCUUGAAAUGCACGCUACGCAACAAGUCUAUCUUCCAAGAGAUGGCCCGUCAAAUGCAAAGAAAGUUUGGGGUGGUACGAAACUGGAAACAGUGUCGAACUAAAUACAAGAACCUGAAAUACGAUUACAAGACUGCUAAAAGUGCCCAUGCUGCUGGUGGUGGUGCUACAGGAGGCCCGGGGAAGUACAUGAAGUUCUUCGAUGAGGUGGAAGCCAUUCUGCUGGACCGUGGACUGGAAAAUGGUACCAUGGAAAUGCAGAAGAGGUUGUAUGACGGAGAAAUAGCAGUGGGGAAGCUACACAUAUCUGCAGGCCACACAGUACAGACGACAUCCUCAGAAAGUGAGGUUGUUAUAGAAAUUGAUGAUGAUGACAACAGUGAUGAUUAUGAUAUGGACAGAGACAUGGAAGCAAAAUGGAGAGAUGUCCAUUUAACAGACCCGUCCUGCUCUGACCAGAUCCAUGUGGUCACGGUGUCGGACACCGGCCGGAAUUGGAGUGACCUGGAGGUGCGAGCCCUGAUUCAAGUCUGGUCUGAUGAGCGUGUGUGCAGGCAGCUGGAGAGCUCGACCAGGAAAAGGGACAUCUUUGUUCAGAUCUCGAACAGGUUAUUGCAGCAAGGCAUCGAGCGUGACUGGAAACAGUGCCAUACCAAGUACAAAAACCUCAAGUAUCUUUACCGUUCUCUCCAGAGGGGUAAGACUGAUGAAGCAAGACGUCUCAUGAAGUUCUACGACGAGGUGGACAGCAUUAUGAAUCGCACAUCUAACGGCUCACCACACGUCACAAGAACUGUAGACCAUCAAGAGGUUUCGGGAGAACGUCUUAGGAUGGACGGCUCGGAGGAGAGAGAUCACGUAGAUAUCUAUUUGAUAAGUGAAAACGCAGAUGCCAAAAUGGUGGGAGCGCUGGAGGAGAGAACGUGCAGUUCUGAUUCCGUCUCAUCUGUAAGCCUCGAUGUUACACCAAGUACUGAAGAACAGAGGAGGCACACAGUUCAGGAGCGUCCCUCAGAUCAGCGGCACAAAUUCAAGAGUUUGUUCGAAUCUAGGUUGGAAAAAGUGGACACAUAUUCAGCAAGAAGAGGACUGAAGAGGAAAGCUGUGGAUCAAGACCCAAAACUCCAGAUUCCAGUGAAAAAACUGGACUCAGGCUCUGAUUUUGCUGAUAAUGAGGAGAUCCUGUUUAAAGAGGAGCAAGAUCACAUCCCAAUAAUAAAGAUCAAUUCAGUUCGUUCAAUGGCCUCCUCUAACCCAUCCCCAGAGGCACAGGAAAGUCGCUUUCUACACAACACCGCCAUCAUGGACUCCGCCGCAGAUGUAGAACUGAAGAUGGGCCAGAAGCUGAAUGAGGGCAAGACGAAGCAGAUCUUUGAGCUGGCGGACCAGCCCGGACUGGUUCUGGUCCAGUCCAAAGACCAGAUCACCGCUGGCAACGCGGUGAGGAAAGACCAAAUGGAGGGCAAAGCUGCCAUCGCCAACAAAACCACGAGCUGCGUGUUCAAGCUGCUGCAGGAAUCUGGUGUCAAGACUGCCUUUGUGAAGCAGCACUCGGACACAGCAUUCAUCGCUGCCCACUGUGAAAUGAUUCCCAUCGAGUGGGUUUGUCGGAGAGUGGCGACCGGAUCCUUCCUCAAGAGGAACCCAGGAGUCAAAGAAGGCUAUCGCUUCUCUCCACUAAAGAUGGAGAUGUUCUUCAAAGAUGAUGCCAACAAUGAUCCUCAGUGGUCAGAAGAGCAGCUGUUAGAGGCCAAGUUCUGUCUCGCUGGGCUCACCAUCGGUCAGUGUGAGGUGGACAUCAUGAAUCGCAGCACUGUGGCCAUCUUUGAGAUUCUGGAGAAGGCCUGGGCCACUCAGAACUGCACUCUGGUGGAUAUGAAGAUCGAGUUUGGCGUGAAUGUCAAAACUCAGGAGAUUGUCCUCGCUGACGUGAUCGAUAAUGACUCAUGGAGACUGUGGCCAGCUGGAGAUCGAAGCCAGCAAAAAGAUAAGCAGGUUUACAGAGACCUAAAAGAAGUUACUCCUGAGGCCAUGCAGGUGGUGAAGAGGAACUUUGAGUGGGUCUCUGAAAGGGUCAAGCUGCUGCUGGAGCCUCAGGCCGGUGGGAGAGUGGUGGUUCUGAUGGGCUCCACCUCGGACAUGGCUCACUGUGACAAAAUCAAGAAGGCCUGUUCCUCCUAUGGAAUCCCCUGCAUCCUCAGGGUCACCUCGGCACACAAAGGUCCAGAUGAGACACUCCGUAUCAAAGCAGAAUAUGAAGGUGACGGUGUACCGACUGUGUUUGUGGCUGUGGCUGGCAGAAGUAACGGCCUCGGUCCGGUGAUGUCAGGAAACACGGCUUAUCCUGUCAUCAACUGCCCUCCUGUCACUCCUGACUGGGGUGCACAUGAUGUCUGGUCAUCUCUGCGCCUGCCAAGUGGUCUCGGGUGUUCCACAAUCCUGUCCCCUGAGGGCGCUGCUCAGUUUGCUGCGCAGAUCUUUGGCCUGACCAAUCACCUGGUGUGGUGCAAACUGAGGGCCUCAAUGCUCAACACCUGGGUGUCUCUUAAGUUGGCUGACAAGAAGCUACAGGCCUGCAGCAUCUGAGAUGGCUCACCGCCUCUCUUGUCCAUCAGUGCCAUAUAUCUUUGUUUACCAUGACCAUUUAACUGUCUUUAAAAGUAGAUUAAAAAUCUACAUGCACAUGAGUCAUUCCAGUUCAAGAAAAUUGAAUAAACCGCCUCUUGAAUUCUAA